AUGGGGAUUAUGGAGAUCCUGGACUUUGAUCUGUGUGUAGUUACUGGCCUAGGCGCGGCGCUGGGAGGAUGCCUGGCCGCCGGCCGCGUGCUGGACGCCUGCGGCUGCUGCUGGGAGUGCGCCAACCUCGAGGGCCAGCACUGCGACCUGGACCCCGUCGCCCACUUCUACGGGCGCUGCCGCAAGCAGCUCGAGUGCCAGCUGGAUGCGAGCGGCGACCUGAGCCGCGCGGAGGUGCCCGAGCCGCUGUGCAUGCACCUGCUCUGCGACUCCCAAGGCCGCACCUAUGAGCAGCUCUGCCGCCUGCAGGAGGUGGCCCUCGCCCUGCCCGACGCCAGCCUCACGGUGGUGCAUCCCAGGCCCUUCGAAUCGGAGCCCCAAAUUGUGCUGCACCCCUACGACAUUUGGAACGUGACAGGGAAGGAUGUGCUCUUUGGCUGUGCGGUGUCUGCCUAUCCCAUGGCCGCCACCGAGUGGAGGAAGGACGGCCUGGACAUUCAGCUGCCGGGAGAUGACGCCCACAUCUCAGUGCAGUUUAGGGGUGGACCCCAGAGGUUUGAGGUUCAGGCUGUUCGUUCCAGCGACGAGGGCACCUACCGCUGCCUGGCCCGCAAUGCUCUGGGCCAGGUGGAGGCCCCAGCCAGCUUGACUGUCCUCACACCUGACCAGCUGAACUCCACAGGCUUCCCCCAGCUGCCAGCCCAGCAACUGGCUCCCGAGGAAGAGGCUGAGAGUGAAGAGGGCGAGGAUUACUACUAGGUCCGAAGCCCUGGCCCCUGGGGAAAGGGAAGGGGGAUAAUGUUCAUCCCUGCUCUUGAAAAGAUCUGGAAAGGGGGAGCAGGGCCCCUCACGUAUUGCUUUAGUGCCUUUACCAGGGCAGACAUGAGAGUGGUGGAGAGGAGACAGAAACUGGAGAAGGGUAAGGAGAGAGGCAGAGACCAGGGAAUAGGGGUGCUGGGAUGGAAGGAGCCCUUGCAGGAGGUACCGGGCCCGCUGGGCCCCAGGCUGGGUGGAGGGUGGCGUGGGGUGGGGGAGAGAGGAGCAGUCACAAAACGGUGUAGACAGCAGGUUCCUCCCUGGCUUUCCAGCAGCCUUUCCUUCAGCCCUGCUCAGCCCGCCUUCCUAACCGCCCUUCUGUUGUUUUCCUAGUCCCUAGUCCUUGCCUUGCCUCAGUUUGCUUUUCUCAAAACUAACGUAUGAUAGAAAUUUCCCUCUCUCCUGAGUCCCAUUGCACUCACUGACCGCGGUUCUUUGUUUCACCAUCCGCUGUCCUGGAGCACACCAGAGCAUGGUUUAGUUUAGUGCAGUAAGACGGGCAUCUGGUCAUGUCUGAUUUCUCCUGUCCUUCUGAAAACUCCCUAUCUUAUACCACUUUAUAUUGGACCAUGCCUAGCACAGGACUGGGCACAGAAAGCACGCAAUAAAGAUUUAUGAACGAGCUGA